GCGAGAAAUCUCCCACCACCGAGCUCGCUACACAUUAGCCUUCGUAAGCCCAUGGCGCAAAUCUCCACUGAAGACCAGCACAGAGAAAAAGAUGCCCCUCGACAAGAUAUCAACGAUGUCGAGGAGCAAUCAUCAUCAUCCUCAUCCUCCUCCGUCCCCACCGAAGACUGGUUUGCAUGGCUGCAAGUGCUCGGAGCUUUCUGCCUGAAUCUCAACACAUGGGGACUCAUGAACGCCUUCAGGGUCUUCCAGACAUUCUACGAACUGGUUCUACUCGCCUUAAAAUCCUCCUCGGACAUCUCAUGGAUUGGAUCAACGCAGGCCUUCCUCAUGUUCAUUGUCUCGGCGAUUGUAGGGCCGAUUGUCGACGCAGGCUACGUCCGGUCCUUGCUGGUGCUCGGGGCCGUGCUCACCGUGCUGGGCAUGUGCAUGACGAGCCUUUGCACGGCCUACUGGCAGGUGUUCCUGGCGCAGGCGCUGACCAUGGGGCUGGGCUUCGGGUGCCUGUACGUGCCGGCCCCGACGAUCGUCUCCCAAUACUUCCACGCCAGCACGGCGCUAGCGAUGGGGGCAUCGUCCGCGGGCACGGCGUUAGGCAGCGUCAUAUACCCGAUCAUCUUCACCCAGCUCCAACCCCGCAUCGGAUUCGGCUGGACCACUCGCGUCCUUGCCCUCAUCGUCCUCGUCACAAUGCUCAUACCGGUGGUCCUGAUGCGAUCGAGAGCCCCGCCGACCACGCAAUGGAGCCUGGUGGAUCGGACCGCAUUCCGGGAUAUACCCUACCUCCUCCUCAACACCGGCCUAAUCCUGGGAUUCAUGGGCUUCUAUGUGAUCCUGUAUUACAUCCAGCUGUUCGCGAUCCAGGAGACUAGCGUAUCGCAAACGAUCACCACCUACAUCCUGGUGAUCAUCAACGCGAGCUCGCUGCCCGGCCGGCUGAUCCCCGGGUACUAUGCCGACCGGAUCGGGUCGAUCAAUGUCCAGACGGUGGUCGCGUUGGUAGGUGCGGUGAUGACGUUUGCGCUGAUCGCCAUCCACAGCACCCCCGGACUGAUUGUUUAUUGCGUCUUGUACGGGUUCGCUUCGGGGGCCUUUAUGGGUCUUCCUGCCGCCGGCGUAGUGAGCCUCUCUGCCGACCGCAGCAAGAUCGGGACCCAGUUGGGCAUGACAUUGGCCGUGGUGGGCUGCGGCGUGCUGGUGAGCACCCCCAUCGCCGGCGCAAUCCUCAACGGCGGACACGGUGACGGUCGCCAUUGGGUCGGGCUCAUCGUCUGGUGUGGUGCCCUGCUGUCGGGGUCCGUGGUGGCCAUGGCGACAACGCGGAUCUGGAAGAUUGGCUUCGGGUUCAAGCGGGUGAUUUGA